CUGGUGUUUAGUUGGUCCGGUCCGGGACAGAGGAAGGGGAGUGGUAGGGCGAAAAGGGGAAAUCUGCAACAAUGACUUCAUUAACAUGAUGCCCAACAUGACCAGUAUGACUUUAUGACUCCAUUACAACGCUGGAUAUGUGACUUUUUCACGUUGGAUUUAAAUUCUUGAAAUAUCUGUAUGUAUCUGUGUCUGAUUCUACAUCAAUUCUCGAGGGUAACAUGGAAGUCUGCUGAGGUUUCCUCCAUCCAAGACUUCAGACACCAGAAGCAUGUUGAUCACAAAGAUUGAAGCCAAGGAGGCCUGUGAUUGGCUGCAAGCGGCCGGUUUCCCUCAGUACGUGCAAUUAUUCAAAGACUGCAGGUUCCCCGUAGACAUCGAGUGGGCGAAGCGUGAUCACGACUUCCUGGAUAGAGAUGCCCUCGACUCCCUCUGCAGGAGAUUAAGCACUUUAAACAAAUGCGUGGAAAUGAGGCUGGAGCCCCGGAGAUCAAAACGCAGGGGAGACGACUGUAAUGAAGAAGACUUCUGCGCCAUCAGCCCCAACUGGACCUACGACAGGCGGACGCGGCGAUGGCGGCGCCUCGACUCCACGGUGGACGUCCUUCGCUUGUCUGACAGCCCCACCGGACCCCGGGAUCUGUCUCUGUGCGAGGUCGCCGACCGCCACGAUGUCUGCUCCAUCCACAGCUCCAGCAGCACUGAGAGCGAAGGCCACAACGGGCACCGUAAGAGUCCCGGAGAUGACGCCGAAAGCACGACCGCAACUGUCCCCAGCAACCCGGACAAUCAGGAGGCCAGCACGAGCUCCUCCCGCUGCUCCUCCACCAACAAGACGCCUUCUCUGGAAGCCUCGUUUAGUGGACCCCCAUCACCCGGUGGAAGCGGUGGAGGAUCGUCCACCGUGAGUCUGGAGGCCGAGGGCUGCUUCCCGGACAAACCACCUAGGAAGAAGGGCACCAGUCUGCUGAGGAAGAUGGAGAAACUGAGGCUGAGGGGAACGAGUGGCCUUCUCGCCUCUGCUCACGGCGGGAGUCGGCCCCAGCACGUUGGCAACGGGCCGGUCCAGGUCCAGGACCAUGAGAGGAGGGAGAGGAUGGAGAGGCUGCACGGCCCAUCAAGCCUGCAGGGUCGACCCAACAGCCGGGAGUCUUCCUUGCCCUCGUCUCCUCGCACCAUCAGCAGCAGCAGCAGUAACAGCCAAUCAGAGAGUAGCAGCACCGUCAGCACGCCCAGCCCGGUGGCCCGGGUCAGGGCCAACUGCAAACGCUCCAACAGCGGGGUCGGGGUUGUUGGUGCAACGACCCGGAACAACCAGAACCACACGGGAACACAGGACUACAGGAACCAGAUCAACAACAACAACAACAGCAGCAGCAGCAGCUGCAGCAGCGUGGGUCUGGUCUUCCAGAUCCCCCACGGACACAAACCAGGGACCUUCCCCACCUCUCUCGCACACAAACACGCCCUCCUGUCCCCCAUCAUCGACAACACCUCAGUCAACUGGAGGACCGGGAGCUUCCACGGUUACCGCGGAAAGCAAGACCACUGUCCCCGUGGCACGUCAUCUCUGGCCACUGGUGACCAGGACCCCUCGUCGUCUUCUUCUCCCUGUGACGUCGCAGUCCCCGGUCCGCUUCAGGUGCUGGAUCAUCGGAUGAGUGUCUACGACAACGUGCCCGACGACCUGCAGCUGUCGGAAAGCGAAGGUGGCAGCGGAGGAAGUGGCAGCGACGCAGAACGGAUGGGUGAGGAGUCGGAGAUGAGCCGAUUGUUGGCAGGUGAAGAUGUUUUCUCGGCUCUGGACAGCGUUCUGGAGAGGAUCGGCGACCUCCAACAACUCGUCUCCACCUGGUCCGAAAAUCUAUCCGAGGACGACAGUCAGAGAGGUUCCUCCUCCUCCUUGCCAUCCUCUCCCUUCUCCCAAGACUCGCCUGGUAACAGCUCAUCAGCCGCCUCCCCCUGCCCCUCCUCCCCCAGCGACAUCCACCUGGACGUGCAGCAUCCGGAGGAGACGGAAGAGGAAGAGGAGGAGGAGGUACAGAGCAAUAAGGAGAUAACUGUGAACGAAGAGGAGCCAAAGACCAGAUCACCACAACCCAGGAACGGCAGAGUGAGCCAGCAGCUGCAGUGGUCCAGCGAGCAGAGCCUGCCGUCCCUGCUCACCAGUCCAGGAGUGGAGAGCCAGUCUGUGUCCCAGUUCCUCCUGCUGCAGAAACACUCCCUGCUCAAACUCACCGCUCUGAUGGACAAGUACUCCCCGUCCAGCAAGCAGGGCUGGAACUGGACUGUUCCCAAGUCGCCGAGGAAGACCAAGGUGAUGGAGGUGAAAGGUCGGCGAGUUUUCGGGGUUCCUCUGCUCCUCAGCGUCCAGCAGACAGGAGAGCCACUUCCUCCCAGCAUCCUCAGAGCACUGGUCUACCUGAGGGAUGAGUGUUUGGAACAGGUGGGUCUUUUCCGUAAGUCAGGGGUGAAGUCUCGUAUCCAGUAUCUCCGCGAGCUGGUGGAGUCGGACCCGGACGGCGUUUCGUUCGACGGUCAGUCUGCCUUCGACGUGGCAGACAUGGUGAAGCAGUACUUCAGAGACCUGCCCGAACCCAUCUUCACCAGCAAACUCUGCGAGUCCUUCCUCCACAUUUACCAAUAUUUUCCCAAGGAUCAGCAGCUAGUUGCAGCUCAGGCGGCCAUCUUGCUGCUUCCUGACGAGAACAGGAUGGCGCUGCGAACGCUGCUGUUCUUCCUGCGGGACGUCGUGGCCUGCGUGGUUGAGAACCAAAUGACUCCGACCAACAUUGCAGUUUGCCUGGCGCCGUCACUGUUCCACCUCAACACCCUGAAGAGAGACGCCAACGCAGCCAGGUCGAGUCACAGGAAGUACAGCCUGGGCCGCCCAGACCAGCGGGACCUCAGUGAGAACCUGGCUGCCACCCAGGGCCUGGCCAACAUGAUCACAGAGGCCCAGAGACUAUUCCAGCUUCCAAAUUUUUGGCCCGGUCAGCGUUCAGGGGAGGAAGGAGGCGGCCCGGUGUCCCCCGGUCAGCGUUCAGGGGAGGAAGGAGGCGGCCCGGUGUCCCCCGGUCAGAGCGGCGCUCAGGAGGAGCAGGGGGAGAGGAGGAGCAAGCUGCAGCGGAGCACCCAGCAUCUCCUGGCGGAGGCCAGAGAGAAGAGCCGAUGCUGGGAGAGCCACGCGGCGCCGGAGCACGUGGAGCUGGCCUUCAAGAAAAUGGCCGACGGCUGCCCGCUGUGGAUGUGGCGCGGCUCCGUCGAGGUGGACGCCCCCCAGGAGGAGCUGCUGGGCCGGCUGCUGCGAGACCAGGAGCUGUGGGAGGGAAGCCUGAGCCACGCCGCUGUCAUCCAGACCUUGUCCAAGGACACGGAAGUUUACCGCUACCACCUCCAGGGCCACGGCCUGGGCUUCCGGCCCCCGCAGGAACAUCUGCUUCUCAGGACCUGGCAAGCAGACCCGUCCGCUGGCCCCCUGUACCUGUCUUCUGUGUCCACGGAGCACCCUGAGGUGCUGUCGGAGGGGGUUAGAGCCCACGUCUACUCCUGCCUCUACCUGCUGGAGCCCACCGGAGCCAGGAAGACCCGACUCACGCACCUCUGUCGAACAGACACCCGGGGCCGGUCGCAGGAGUGGCACAACAAGGUGAGCGGACAUCUUCUGGCCUCCGGUCUCCUGGCGAUCAGGGACUCCUUCAGAGCAGAACACAAAGAGACCAAGAUAUGAGAUCACCAGCGCAGACGUUUGGAAGCUGAGGGGGAUUUACAGAUGUUGCACUGAUGUGCAGUAACUGGCAGACAAGAGACGACGGCAUCUCUUUUCCACUGUGGACUUUCUCUGAAGUUUUUGAAAGUGAACCUGGUUGCCCCGGAGCACACGGCGGGCCGGGAAGGUGACCAAUGAGGGCUCCCCCUGAACCAUGUGUGUCUCUUUGGCUUCUCCUUCCCCGUUGCUGUAUGAGUUUUUGCUUUGUUUUGGGGUUUUUUGUCAGUGACCUUGCAGAUUGCCAGCAGCACCUCGGCACUGCCUGCUGCGUCUGUAACGCUUCACACUCACAAGUUCCCAAAAAAAAAAGCGCAAACCCUGGCGAGCUUUGACAAUGAUGAAACGCUGAGGCCUGAUUUGACUUCUAACUGAGGGAAGAGAAACGGGGCGAGAUGGAGCAUGUGGAUCUGACAGGGCUUCAGACUAUGUAUUUUUUAACUAAGAGCACUGUGGCCCCUAACUGAAAGUGUUUGGGGGCGCAGGCAGAAAAUUCAGCAGCGCACACCUUUCAAAUCGACUCAAUUUCUCAUUUUCAUCUCAUUGUCUCAUCUGGAGCAGCAGAUCCAGAUCCAGAUCCAGCUCGUGGCGUUCUGACUCUGAGCCACGUGAACUCCCUCAGCCACAACACAGCGUUCUGGCCUCUUCUGUCGGAGAUUGGGAAAAGAAAUGCGUGGAUUUUUUUUGGUUUUCCAUGGUUGACUUUUUGGACUUUUUACGAUGAAAGCGAGACACGCGAGUGGAGAUUACGUUACCCGCGCAGUUCUACGCCUCGUCCCUCUCUUACACACUGGACUCUGGCAGACUCGCUCCCUAUUUCGCUUUCAACACAAAAUAAAUAAACUAAAAUGUCAAAAAGUUGCAAGUCGCACACACGGCAAUAGUUGACAAAAA